AUGGCAAAGCGAAGAGUCAAAAAGCGAACGCACGUGGGCUCUAAGCCCGGUCUUGGCGCCGCAUCAGUCAAUCAUGCGGCCACCAAGCAGCAGGCUGGGUCACGCCCGCCUAAGAGCAUGGUCAUCCGCGUGGGCGCCAGCGAGGUCGGACAGAGCGUGUCGCAGCUCGUGCGAGAUGUCAGGCAGAUGAUGGAGCCGGAUACUGCGACAAGAUUGAAAGAGAGGAGGAGCAACAAGCUACGAGACUACACCACAAUGGCGGGACCGCUAGGAGUCACGCACCUGAUGCUCUUCAGCCGAAGCAGCAAUGGCAACACAAACCUACGCUUAGCGUUGGCACCACGUGGACCGACGAUGCACUUCAGAGUGGAGAAUUACAGUCUGUGCAAGGACAUCUACCACAGCAUGAAGAGACCAAAAAGUGGAGGCACCGAGUACCAUGUUGCUCCCCUUCUGGUCAUGAACAACUUCACCACCCAAGCGCAAGACGAUGCCAAUGGAGAGCAAUCCCAACCGAAGGUACCUAAGCACUUGGAAUCGCUCGCGACCAGUAUAUUCCAAUCCUUGUUUCCGCCAAUCAAUCCCACCACCACUUCACUGAGUGGGAUGAAACGAGUCCUUCUACUUGACCGAAUACCGGAGGAUUCGUCAGCGCAGUCUGGGCAGUAUAUUCUCAACUUGCGACAUUAUGCCAUUGAGACUCGCACAGCGAAAUCUGUGCCCAAACCCCUGCGACGGCUCGACGCGGCGGAGAAGCUCACCCAUGCCGGCCAGAAGCGUAAACGAGGUGCCUUGCCCAACCUUGGCAAGCUCAACGAUGUUUCCGAUUAUCUACUCGACCCACACGCCGCAGACGGCUUCACAUCAGGUUCGGAAUCGGAGGGCGAGACGGACGCUGAAGUCGAAGUCGUGGCGCCUUCCGGCCGCAAAGUGCAGAAGAGAAAGGCGCAGAAAGAUACAGCGGAAGGGCGGGAGGAUAAAGCGAACGUUGAAAGAAAAGGCAUCAAGCUGUUGGAACUUGGACCGCGGCUGAAGCUUCGAUUGACAAAGAUCGAGGAAGGCGUAUGCAACGGAAAGGUCAUGUGGCAUGAGUACAUCCAUAAAUCGAAGCAGGAGAUCAAGGAGAUGGACAGGAUACAUCAGGAGCGGAGAAGAGAGAAAGAGAGGAGGAAGGCCGAGCAGAAGGCCAAUAUUGAGAAGAAGAAGGCGGAGAGAAAAGCGUCCGGACAAUCUGCCGAGGGCGAAGACGAGGAUGAGGAUAUGGAAGAUGACACGGGUGAUGAUGACCAGUGGGACAACGAGGACCUGGAGGAUGACGAUGUCGAAGCUGGCGCGCAGGAUGAAGUCGAAGACGAUGAGAUGCGGGACGGCGCCAGCAGUGAAGACGAAGAAGUCGGCUGA